GGACAGCGCCCGCCGGUGACUGACUGGAAUUGGGCGGUUCCGUUUGCCAUUGUUUCUAUGGAAGGAGGCUUUCGACAUCACAUUCAAGAGAGCAUUAGAAAUUCAUUCACGAUCAUUAUAUCCCUAUCCAGGAGUUUAUUCCCUGUAUGUCAACCUUGACACCGCAUUCCGAAGCAUAAUUCCAUCUGGUUAUAACGCAUGGUGCAUUGUUUUGGUGGGAGACGGGUCCUACAUUGUCCUGUGGUGCGGGUCUGUCCAAUCUGACAGCCAAUGCACGAGACCAAUAACCAUUGCCCCAAAUUAACGUAAAACCGCAACAAUAUCUCUCAACUUUCAACAUGACGGUUGUACUCUUUACUUGGUUGUUGAUACUAACCUACUGCACCUGUAUGGGAAGAUGUACAGCUGUAUCAGGAGAGAAAGAUGAUUUAAGCCAAGAAAGUCUGUCUGGUGCCUUAGAUAUCAGGCAGGAUGAGUGCAUUACUAGCAAGGAGCCGUUAACUCGGAGUCUUCUCCGGUCUCCUGUGAUGACUACUGCAUCAACGUCACCACCACCAUCAUCAUCAUCCACAACAUCCCAGCCUGAACUAUCCGAUGACGAGCAUCGUACAACCGGAGCUCAUUCCUCUCCUCUCCGUUGGCCUGGGCCGAGUCCCAGUGAGAAUGUCCCAGACAGUCUUACGGUGAGGGAGAGAGCGUUCCGUAUCGCUAUGCUGCGGAGGCAACUCCUGGACAAACUUGGACUGACGGAUCUACCCCCGCCAUCCAACAAAACGUUUCGUAGCUUACCAUCGGCGAUCAAGAAAAGACUCAUCGGUCACCAACCACCACAGAGGGACUUACCGAGAUAUGCACAACCAGGCAGUAAAAUCACCGAAGUCUUAUCUUAUGCUGAGAAUUAUACCAAGCAAUGUCCCGAUCCAGGAUUCUGCUUCCGGUUCCGUCUUGUUAGGGAUAUCAUCGGCAAAAACAUCAAGUCCGUUCAUCUCUGGAUGUUCCUGACUUCAUCCGAUGAAAUCAACCGAAGUCCCGUCCGGCGUUUUACCGUAUGGCUGCUGCUCUCUGGGGAGUCGGGAAUCAAACGAAAGGAGCUGGCUACAAAGGUGGUAAGCAAACGGGAAGGCUGGUUCCAUCUUGAAUUACCCAAAGAGAUGAAUGACUGGAGUUCAUUGGAGUACCGUAUCCAGCUGACAAACGCCGCUACUGAUUCCUCCCAGAAUCUACCCCACUUCCCUGCCGUCUCACUGGCCAGGGAUGAGCUACCAAUACUGACCGUGGCCAUUGACGCAGAUAAGCACCACCAGAGACUGCGGCGUCAGAGUCAGACAUGUCCGGCCGAUUCAGACACCUGCUGUCUGCACCCAUUCCAGGUGGACCUGGCAGAGGUGCUAGUAGGUAUAGUGGAGCAUCCUUCCACCAUCUUUGCUAAUUUCUGCCGAGGCAGUUGCUUGCGAGUUGCUAAUUUUGAUACAGUGCACGCCAAGGUGAUGAGAGACCGCGCCCUGAUUGAGACAGAUGAGGAUCUGCGCCAAGACCUCGUGCCUUGCUGUGUGCCUGCCUCCUAUGCAGCUGCACAAUCCAUGCUGAUCCGCCAUUCCAACGGCACACUCAUUCGACGCGAGGUACAUGAGAUAUCAGCCACGUCCUGUAGCUGCAAAUAAACGCAGAUAGUUUUGGCCGGUAAGGGUCAAGAACAUUGACGCUGGUACAUCAAGUACUGAAAUGACAGCAAAUUCUUAAUCAAUUCACUGGCGUUCAAAAGCAGCAGAGUAGCAUCACCAACUCUGUUUCUAUGACCGGUUCGUCUUUCUCUCAUCUGUCAUUUUAAAGUGUGCCCAAUAACAGAACAUCCAUUAAAAUGCAGUGCUUCUUAAAUAUUAUCAAGAAAGAAUUGUAAUAGCAAUGAAUACGUGAAGUUUUGUCUAAAGAGGCAGGAGAAGUCAAGUGGUGAGUUUGAAAUGAAAAUGCAAUUUUUAAACCAAAGAAAACAGUUUCAAGAAGAGACUUAAAGUUUUUAGAAAAGUAAUAAAUAGCAUAAAAUUAAAAUUAAUUGAUGUUGCACACCCAAAUGCACUAUUUUGGGGCAGAGUGCUUGGCGACCUUUUUUUUUUGGUUAUUUUCUCCCUAAUAUAUAUGGCCCGGGUCACCAUUUAUUGCAUUCGUCUUGGAAUUAGACCCACAUUUUAUUUAUAAUGAGGCAUUUGGGUCAGACAUCACACUAGCAUUCUAACCCUGUGAACAGCCAGGAUCACUGAAUGAUUAUUAUCCACGUCAUUUCUCUGAAAUUUGGGAGGCCCUGAAUUCCUUUUUUGUGUGUUAAUGUUAUGUUAAUAAUAGCAUUCCUGCUCAUAUACCCAGUUUUACUUGUUUAAAAGAAUGUCUAGUCUUCUCUAUAGUGUUUGCCGAGAAAAUCACUGUAUUGUUUCUUGACUUUUUAGGUUUUACGCCGUUUGAAAUGAGGACUAACCUAUAUUAUUUACAUGACAUCUAUAUAGUUAAAUCAAUUAUUUAAGCCGCUAUUUGAUUUGUCUUUUAAGAACAAUUGCUAGGGUGGCCCAAUUCACCUGUAAGUUCUAUUGGUGGACAUCUUGAGUUUAAUUAUAAUGAGUUUAAUUAUAGUAGCCUGUUCUAUAUUUGUUUAAAUGGGACCAUUAUUGUCUGACCACGAAUAAGAUAUUUUUUUCAUCUUCUUUUUUUUUAAGCUUCUUUUGUAGUUAGUUAUUUUUUAGUCACGAUGAUUAUUCUUAGCGUUUUACAGCUCAGUCACCCUGUGGUUUAGUUCCAUAUUUUGUUCGGUAUGAAAUUCUGACUUGAGCUUGAGACCAGUCAGGAUUGCGUGCUACACUUGUGAGAAUUUCCGACAUUAGCUCUCACUAUUUUCCUAAAAAAAUGCUAUGUACAACCAUCUGCACACAUUUCAAUAAAUACAUAUAUACAAGUUCCCCCA